AUGCAAAAACUAUUAUUUUCCGCGAGUAUCCUAUUAGGUUACUGCGGCGCUAUCUAGAUCAGUCACGCAUUGGAGAAGCAAAGAUCAUAACUUGGGUGGAGACAAGAAGCAACAAACAAAUUUUCUUGGAAUGAAACUUAAAAAUUAGAAUGGACUGUUGUCAAUGCAUUUGUUGACGUCUAAACAUCACCGGAUGGAGAUGUCUACGCAAUUUAAAAAAUCGGCUCAGAGCCUUAGGAGACUAAAUAUCUCGUAUAUUUAUUCGAUGUAGCAUCCAAUCUUUGGAGUAUUACUAAUAGAACAUUCCAAGCAAAAGCAGUUAGAUUCGAUAGAUUAGGCACUAUGUAUUACUUGAGUCCUGAUAACUGUGUCCUCAACUCAGAAAAAGUUCCACUUGUUUGCGGAUUAUCUGAUUUUGAGGUCACUGUUAAUAAAUAAAUCAUUGGACUUAAUGAUAAUUCUGGUAAAUUGGCCGCAGAUUAACUUGUUGGAGCUUAUCAUACAGUCAACAAUCAUGCAUAAUACUCAUAUAAGGCUCUCUCAGGAUACAAAGGUAUUACUUUGAUCAAGGAUAUACCUAUUCUAAUUGCUGAUGAUGGAUCUGUAGACGCUAAUUAUGGAGGAGAAAAACUAGUCAGUAUCAGCGCAGGUAUUGACGGUUCACUCUGGGCUCUUAAAUAUGAGGAGAAUGUUGCCGACUACAAGCUUUUGAAAUGGCAAACUAUUGCCUAAAAAUGGUACUUAGUUCCUGGGGCUAAUGGAACAUCUCUAUCUGCAUACAAUGAAAUUUCAGUCGCACUUGUAGACCAUAGAGGACUACUUAGUCUAUCGUCACAGGCAGGCAAUUAGAAUGAGGCAAUUUAUACAACUUAGAUAAACUAGUAACCUGCUCCUCCUGUUCCUACUCUUCCCCCUGUCUUGGCAUAUGGAAGUUCCUUCGCAUCCUCAUCUGACUUCUAGUGGAUUAUAGAUCAAACCCAAGCACCAAUUAAGGGAUUUGCUCAACUCUUUAAAUCAACUGCCAGCGAAGGAAAAACUUUUCAGGAAGCUUUUGAUGCUCUUAAAGUGAGAGAGAAUGUAACCUGCUUGUUUAAGAAUAAGGCCGGUAUAGUUUCAGGCUUCUAUUCUGAAGGUUAAUUUCCUGCUGACCAUGAAGUACCAGAAGGAGGGGAGGCAGCCGUUUACGAAGGAUUAUUCAUUAUCUUUAGUUUGACAAGUAGAAAACCUUACAAAAACGCGUACUAUGCUGCCUAGUUGAGAUUUUCAAGUGAUUCAUUCAGAAUCCAGGUUACAAAUGAGCAUGCUGGCAUGAUAGUGGCUCCAGAGUGUAGGGUUUAUUCGGAGUAAGAUAAACUUUAGGGACUCGAGGACUAAAUCUUUGAGAUUGAUGAAGGCGCUUGGGUUCCUUCAGUAAUACUCAAUGGAGAGUAACAGUUGGAAACCCACUGUGACCAAAUUGAAUUUUAUACCACUACUUAUUGA